AUGGGGAGCGACAGACCAAGAAAGAAGGCCAAGGUUGCCAAAGAAAGUGAGGCUGAAAAAGAGGCUGAAGAAGUCGUUGAAAAAUUGGCUCCAGAAGGUCCACACGCCGAACCCGUUGAUGAAUUAACUGUUCAUCAUGACGCUGGGGAAUUCAAAGGGUUGAAACCUCAUGAAACCACUGCGGAAGAUGCUGAAAGAUUGGAAUCUGGUGAAAAGAAUCCUUUCACGGGGGAAGAUUUUUCUAGUAACUAUUUCAAGAUCUUGAAAGUCCGUCGUGAUUUGCCAGUGCAUGCUCAAAGAGAUGAGUUUUUGAAGAUCUAUCAACUGACACAAAUCAUGGUGUUUGUUGGUGAAACCGGUUCUGGUAAAACCACCCAAAUCCCUCAAUUUGUCUUAUAUGAUGAAAUGCCACAUUUACACAACAAGCAAGUUGCUUGUACCCAACCAAGAAGAGUGGCGGCUACUUCUGUUGCCAGAAGAGUUGCCGAUGAAAUGGAUGUCAAAUUGGGUGAUGAAGUGGGUUACAGUAUCAGAUUUGAAAACUGUACCUCUAAUAAAACAAUCUUGAAGUAUAUGACUGAUGGUAUGUUGUUGAGAGAAGCUAUGGAAGACGCUGAUUUGUCCAAGUAUUCAUGUAUUAUUCUCGAUGAAGCCCACGAACGUACUUUAGCUACCGAUAUUUUGAUGGGGUUGAUCAAACAAGUCACUUCCCGUAGAAAAGACUUGAAAGUGGUUGUUAUGUCUGCUACCUUGGAUGCUGAAAAAUUCCAAAAAUAUUUCAAUGACGCUCCAUUAUUGGCGGUUCCUGGUAGAACUCAUCCUGUUGAGAUUUAUUACACUCCAGAAUACCAAAGUGAUUAUUUGGAUUCUGCUAUCAGAACAGUUUUACAAAUCCAUGCCACUGAAGAUGAAGGGGAUAUUCUUUUAUUUUUGACUGGUGAAGAAGAAAUCGAAGACAGUUGUCUCAAACUUCGAUUGGAAGCUGAUGAAUUGAUCAGAGAACAAAACUGUGGACCGUUGAAAGUUUAUCCAUUAUAUGGGUCAUUACCACCAAAUCAACAACAAAAGAUUUUUGAGCCAGCUCCAGAGCCAUUGACUCCUAAUGGCAGACCAGGUAGAAAAGUUAUUAUUUCCACUAACAUUGCCGAAACCUCGUUGACCAUUGACGGGGUGGUUUACGUUGUUGACCCAGGGUUUUCUAAACAAAAAGUGUAUAACCCAAGAAUUAGAGUGGAAUCGCUUUUGGUUUCUCCAAUUUCUAAAGCCUCCGCUCAACAAAGAGCCGGUAGAGCUGGUCGUACAAAACCAGGUAAAUGUUUUAGAUUAUACACUGAAGAAGCUUUCAAGAAAGAAUUGAUUGAGCAAAGUUAUCCCGAAAUUUUAAGAUGUAAUUUGUCGAGUACGGUGCUAGAAUUGAAGAAAUUAGGAGUCGAUGACUUGGUUCACUUUGAUUUCAUGGAUCCUCCAGCCCCAGAAACCAUGAUGCGGGCUCUUGAAGAAUUGAAUUAUCUCCAAUGUCUUGAUGACGAUGGUAAUUUGACCGCAUUAGGGAGAUUGGCAUCCAUUUUCCCAUUAGACCCAACUUUGGCAGUGAUGUUGAUUGGUUCUCCUAAAUUCAAUUGCUCGAAUGAAAUUUUGACUAUUGUUUCGAUGUUGAGUGUUCCAAACGCUUUUAUUAGACCAGUUGCUGCUAAAAAACAGGCUGAUGAGGCUAAAGCUGCUUUUGCCCACCCUGAUGGCGAUCACAUCACUUUAUUAAAUGCCUUCCAAGCAUACAAGAGCAUGGACGAUUCCAAAGAACAACCAAUGAGAUCUUGGUGCAGGGAAAAUUACUUGUCAUAUAGAUCUUUGCAAAGUGCCGAUAACGUGAGAAAGCAAUUGAAAAGAAUCAUGGACAUCAAUUAUAUCGACUUGGUCUCACCUAAUGACCAAUCUGACAAAAACUAUUUUGAUAACAUUAGAAAAGCGUUGACCGCAGGAUUCUUUAUGCAAGUUGCCAAGAAGAAGUCUGGUGCUAAAGGAUAUUUGACAAUUAAGGAUAACCAAGAAGUAUUGAUUCACCCAAGCACAGUAUUGGCGCAAGAUAGUGAAUGGGUGAUUUACAACGAAUUUGUGUUGACAAGUAAGAAUUAUAUUAGAACAGUGACGGCGAUAAGACCGGAAUGGUUGUUUGAGCUAGCUUCAAACUAUUACAACUUGGACGCGUUCCAGAAAGGGGAUGUCAAGUUGAGUUUGAAGAGGGUGCAUCAAAGAGUCGAGAAAAUGAAGAAGUUGAGCAGUUCAUAA